AUGAGGUUACUCUUCGGCAUUCUGAGGCUUGUUGCUCUGGUGUUCAUGGUGGUGGUCAGUUCAUCGCUUGAUCAGGCAGUAGUAGUACGAGUUGGUGCUAUUCGGCUGCACGACAGAAGGGCGCACGGGGAGCAGUGGGCGGAGGAGAGGAUGCAGCUGAGGGCGUACCUGACCAUGGACUACAACGACAAAAAACUCAAUAAGCGGCACAUCCCCAAGCACAACUGA